AUGACCUCCAGCGGCAAGCCAGUGGACGAGAUGUUCCUCGCCUCGCCGCCUUCGACUGUCUCCCCGCUGCGCAUCGUCAAACGAGAGUCGCCGUCCCCGUCGCGCGCCGCCCAGCCGCCUGCGUCCGCCUCGCCUCUGCCAUACCCUGACGACCGCCCGCAGGCAAAGGACCAGGGCCCUGCUGCCACCCCACGGCCGCCGUAUCCCGACAGUGACCCGCCUCCCGCUGCAUCGAAGCAGCCGGCACGCAGCGGUUCGCCUGCGUCCCUGCACCCUGCCUCUUCUGAGAUCCCCGAUGCGCUGCGCCCGAGGCGCGAAUCCAAACAAGCCCAGCCCACCCUGGCCGAGAGGAGAGGAGCGGUCCCAAAGUCGCUCCCGGACUCGCCUGUGCCUGAGGGUUCCGACCGAGACGGUCUGUUCCAGCGCCCGCCGCAGCGCGAAACGCCUGCCCAGAGCGUCGUCCCUGGCUCGGGUCGAAAGACCUCGACCAGUGCAGACCCGUUUCCUAGCUUUCAACAGCAAUACUGGCCCCCACCCAGCAACUCCAAUCUGCCACAGCCCGUAAAUCCGGCAUCGACGAUCAAUCGGCUAAGUUCCACGGCGUCCACAUCCACGACCAAGGCCCAACGUGGAUCUCCACCGCCCCCAGAAACUCCUAUCAUUCCUCCAGGUCAGUCCGCCGCUUCCGACAUUGAAGCCAGAUACGCGGCAUCCGGCAUCGCUGGAACGGCUACACUAAACAACUUCAAUGCCCAUAAUUUUGCUGCACAGCAGCGGGCAAACCAAUACGCGGCACAACAGCCAAACAGAUAUCCCACCCCCACACACUCUCAGCCCCUCGCACAACCGCAUCAACAACAGCCGCGACCAUGGACGCCAACCGAGCAGCCAGGAACUCAGCCACAUGGCCCCCCGCAGGUAUAUCAAGGCGCAACUCCGGUCAGUACUCCAGGCCCAACCCAAACACCUGGCCGAGUAAAUACUCAGCAGCAACCCCAAAGGCAGCCGCAGCAGCCAUUACUGGGCAAUCCCACUCAAUAUUCAAAUUCAACUACAAAUAAUCUCGAAGACGACCUUCAGCGCCUGAAUAUGACAGCAUCUCCCCCUCCAGCAUACUCCAGCUUGGCCGGUGUCACUCCUCAAAGCUACGCUACCGAUAAGCGCAGUGCAAGCCAAGCCAUACAGCAACCGUCAGUGGGAGCUGUGAUAGCUAGCAGUGUUGGAGGAGCUGCUACUCAGUCAUUAGCUCAAAGCCAUCCUGCGUUCGCAAAUGAUUCAAGGCAGCAGCAACAACAGCAACAAUCACAGCAACAGCAGGUAGCCGGAACAAUGCAGCAGCCUAGCCAGAGCGGAACUGCGUCACACCCACCCCCGACGCCUACCCCGGCAUCACCUCCGCCCUUACCUGAGGGCUGGAUAGCACACUUGGAUCCAAAUUCCGGACAGUACUAUUACAUUCACUUGCCCACACAAUCCACGCAGUGGGAGUUUCCAAAGGGCCCAACACCAUUGAAUUUAAACGAUACGCCCCUCUCUCCCGCACAAAGUAAUUUUGGUGCACAUGGCUUGUCCUCACCUGGCCUAUCUACCUUUGGGAAGCCCUUGGUUUCACCGGGAAUAUCUGCUUUUGGUAAUCCCAUGCCUUCCCCAGGAAUGCCGAUGAGCCCAGGAUACGAACCAAGCGUGAUGAGCUUUAAUAGUGGAUAUAAUGGCCCCCCGCCGACUAGUGGUAUCGAGCUGUACAAGGUCUCUCCUACCAAUGGCGUAUAUUUUGGUCCAUAUUUACGAUAUAAGAAUAUGGACAUGGAACAUGGGCUGUGGCUAGGUUCGAUUCUCCUUGUAACCGAUGCUCCUCAGCCGCCCACGAUACAUAUCCAUAAGAGCGUGGAUCUUUCCCCGAACCCUCGCCAACUAUCCGCUGUCAGCAUUGCAGCACACCGACGCUGGACAUUCUAUAGGUAUGAUAUUGAUUUGCCAAUGGAUGACUCCCCGGGCGCAAAAUGGACCUACGCUAUUACCUCCCAUCUCGGUUGCACCCGCUACGAGUUUCUUGUGGCUGGGCAGCAUGAAACAAACUGGCGCUUCAUUGCUACUUCGGGUAAUGAUUUUUCGAUGAAUGUCAAUGCCAAUGAGCGAGCAAAGGUUGGGGGCGUCGGAUACAUGUGGAAAGAUAUCAUGCAGAAACAUGUGGAAUGUGGUGGCUUCCAUGCUCAUUUGGGGCUUGGCGGCCAAGUAAAUGCGGAUCGUCUCUGGAAAGAGCUGCCGUCUCUCAAACAAUGGCUUGCUAUCAGUGGGAAAGAUGCUAGAAAAGCCACAGCCUGGACAGCCGCGCUGGAAGAAGAUAUCACUCAUGCUUAUUUUCAUUACUAUACAAGCCAUUUUGACCAGCCACACUUACGAGAGGCAUUUGCACAAAUCCCCCAUAUACUACAGGUGGAUGAUCAUGAUAUAUUUCAUGGCUUUGGUUCAUACCCGGAUUAUAUGCAAUUCUCGAAUAUGUUCAAGAAUAUUGGCCGGAUUGGCAUCGAAAUGUAUUUGUUAUUCCAGCAUCAUACAACUCUUGAGGUGCUGCGUCAUGUCAAGGACGAUACUGACCUAUUUACCAUUACUGGGACUGGAUGGCAUUUUGUCAAGUUUUUAGGCCCAGCAAUCGCUGUUGUUGGAAUAGACUGCCGAUCAGAACGAAACCCACAUCAAGUAAUGGCUGGCCCUACUUAUCAAGGAGUCUUCCCGAAAGUCGCCAUGCUUCCUCCCUCUGUACAGCAUUGUCUCUGGAUGAUUCCUGUGCCUCUUGUAUAUCCACGCCUGGAAACUGCCGAACAUCUAGUGCAAACAGUUGCUACUGGAAAAAAGGCAGUCACUGGGGCAUAUAACAUGCUUGGCAAAGUGACGAGCUCCGUUGCCGGUGUCGUCGGUGCUAAAGGCGCUGUCGGCUCUGGGUUUAAUUCUGUCAAGAAAGCAGUAGGGAAGACGGGUUUAAUGGGGGGCGUUCUGAACCCAUUCGGAGAUAUUGACCUUCUAGAUGAAUUAAGAGACCAGUGGACUCAUGAAUCAAAGGUAUGUCUGUUAUACGUACGUGAAGGAACUUUUUGUCGCUUACAACGAAUACAGGAUCUAGAAAGAACCUAUCUCAUUCGUACUCUACAAGGAAUCGCUCACCAGCGGAACAUCCGUAUGACAUUCCUUUCGGGCUCCGUUAAUUGCUGCGGAGCUGGCCUUGUUCACGACCCUUCGCAUCCUACUGAUCAUAAGACCAUGUAUCAAAUCAUCUCAUCCUCUGUUGUGAAUGCUCCACCCCCUUCCUAUAUUCUCAGACUCCUACACAGCAACAACAAACCACUCUACAUACCAGCAAAUGGCCAAAGAUCAACACCUCCUCAGCCCAGUGACACAAAGGAGGACAUGAUUGAAAUUUUCCAAAAUGAUGUUGCUGGUCAACAUCGUGAACAUCGGAAAUUAAUGGGUCGGCGGAACUAUGUGGCCAUUGUUGGAUAUGACCCCGAUUCAGUAAAUGCGGCGUAUACCGGUAUAUCUUCGCCACAACACCCUCAGAAUGGGAACACGCCUGGUGCGUUCCCGAAACUUAGCCUUGCAGUUGACUUCCUAGUUCAAGGAGAGGGUGCUUUUGGGAAUGUUGUUAAAUAUGGCCCUGUCAUUGUACCUAGCUUGGAGCUUGGGAGGUAA